AUGCCAGAUCGAUGUAAGCGAAGCCAAGUUUGGAGAAAGCGAUGGGUCAACUUUGGGAAAGCUACUUGCGAUAAGUGGGUCCCCACAAAGAAUUCCGCAGUUUGCUCGGAACACUUCACAAAAGAUUCGUUUUCUCGGCAAUUCGGCUCGUUUUUUGAAUCAGAAAGCAAGUUUGCACCUCGACUCAUUCGAGACGAAUUCGGAAUCGUUGCUUACCCGAGCAUUUAUCCUCGAAAAGAUGACAAUGAACUUACAACAAGAGAUCGCCGAAUGAUGAAAAGAAAGUGGAUGUCUGAUUAUAAAAGAGAGGUUAAAUCAGAAAAUAUUCCCAGUACAAGUAGCGAACCUCAAGAGCAAAUAAAAGAAACAACUUGUGAUAAGCCUGUAUUAGAGAAGGAAGUAGCUGUGCAAUGUAAAUUACAAUGCCAAAAUUGUUUAAAACUUGAAAAUAAGAAACGUCGUUACAGGAACUUAUAUCUUGGGGCAAAGCAUAAGCUUCAGUGUAGCAGAACAUAUGCAAGCAGUUCUAAUAUGGAUAUACUUGUAGCGGGUAAGUGUUUUUUAAGAUGAUGCGCCUGUUAAUUUUAUUUCAUGUAUGAUUGUAGGUCAAGAGAAGAUUUGCCAACGUAAUAGGUUCAGCCAUGUUUAAUAACCUCAAUUUCUACAAUACUACCAAAUGAGUAUGACAACAACAGCAGCAAUGAAGAAUCAUCAACUACUAGCAA